AUGUCUUACCGUGGCUCACGAACGUUAUUCAAUCGUAGCAAUCUAAAUGUUAGUAUUAGCGUCACAUCAGUUGGUUCUCAAUGUGCCAUUGCAGCACAAAGUGAAAAUCUCUUCGUAUCGAGCUGUGAUAGUCCACGUUCUAUUCGAAUUUACAAUGAUACAAUCUAUGGUUCUCAAUUGUUAUAUGUUCUCAAUGUAACGUACUACGUUCGACAAGUAGUUUUUAUUCGAAACUACACAUGGCUAUUGGUCAUUAAUCAAUAUUUGAAUUUCAUCGAAUUCUAUUCAAUGAAUUUACAAACGAAUACGUUCAUAUAUAAUUAUUCCGUUCCAGUUCCAUACCCGAUUCCCUGGUCUUUAACAAAUUCGCAAAUAGUCGCCCAAGUAGCUUUCGAUUCUUGUAAUCGUCUCUGGACGGUUGUCUAUGGCUAUGGAAUCAAAAUUUACGAUCUCAUGGGGCAAACUCUACUUGCCAGUUGGUCAUCAGUAUCAACUACACUUGAUACACUAUUAAUACUUGAUAAUUACGAGAUAUUCUUGGGUGAUUAUGACAAUAAUUAUAUUCUACACUACACUCCUAAUUUGCAGUGCGCAUUGUAA